GUUCAGCCAGUGUCCCCAAAAACCCUAAAUCCUCUUCAGCUUCUAAGCAGUAACCUCAAAGGAGCAGCCAUGGCGAGAAUAAAGGUUCAUGAGCUGAGGGGCAAGUCGAAGACUGAGUUGUUGGCUCAGUUGAAGGAUCUGAAGGCUGAACUUGCUCUUCUCCGUGUUGCUAAAGUCACCGGUGGUGCCCCUAACAAGCUAUCCAAAAUAAAGGUGGUAAGGUUGUCGAUUGCACAGGUUUUGACUGUGAUCUCACAGAAGCAAAAGUCAGUUCUUCGGGAAGCUUACAAGAACAAGAAGUACUUGCCUCUUGACCUUCGCCCCAAGAAAACAAGGGCUAUACGCAGACGUUUGACUAAGCACCAGGCAUCCUUGAAGACAGAGAGAGAGAAGAAGAAGGAGAUGUAUUUCCCCACAAGAAAAUAUGCUAUCAAAGUUUAGGAUAGGAUCUACUUCUGCUGAGAUUUUUGCUUUUGGAUCAAAAUUACUUGUCGAACUUAUCAGCAAUACCAAUUUUGUUUUGCUUUGUUUCAUCUGGUGCUUUUGACAUUUGAUACAUUUCAUCUGGUGCCUUUAUGUUGAAUAGGCUGUUUGUUAUUAGUGGUUCAAUGCAUUGAAAAUUUCUUAUCAUAUAGUAUGUUUUACUGGUGUUAGAA